AUGGCUUUCAGGUCAUGGGAUAUUCCAUUUUUUCACAUUCCACGAAAUAACCCAGAGGACUAUCUGGAAAUGAUGAAAUCCCUCUUCUACCUUUCAGCACAGGACAAGGAUAUGCAAGUGAUCGAUUGUUUCGUGGUAUAUGUGAACAUUUGCAGAGGGAGUUUCCUAAAUCUCGACGAAGAAAUAAAAAGAGCUAUAAGAUCAGUCGGAUUCACUGUGACUGACUAUAAUGAAGAAGAAACCGAUAACUGGAUAAAUGCUUGGGACGAGACUAUGUUUGAUAAUGAGGAGUACACAGAAUUAGAAAUCGAUCAUGCGAUAAUCCAAGCUUCCAUUGGGAUAUACUGGAAUUUUAUAACAAAGAGAUUGACGAAUGCAAACAUUGAAGGAUGGCUUAGGAAAAGAAGGAGCGCUUAUGCUAAAACCUGCGGAAUCAGCGAAGAGAACGAGGCUCUCAUAUCUUUAUCUCCCGAAUUAAAUUUUGCAGAUAAGGUCAACCAGUCUAUGACAGCAUGUUUCGCGUUCAAGACUACAAUAUUUAGAGCUGUUCAGGCACUUUCUACCAGACCAUCUCAUAGACUACAUAUUACUUCCAAAUUUAACAUAGUGGAUGUUGCGUCCAUGCAACAGCUUUUAGAUCACCGAUUAAAAAAAGAAUUUUAUGAUUUAGAUUAUUUAAUAUUACAAUAUUUUGAAAUAUUUACAUGUUACUAGA